GGAACGGGAAUCUGAUUGGCUGCUUAUCCCAGUUAAUGGACGUGACUGUUGGCAACUGCCAGCAGAUUCGCCUUGACCUGGCAAGAGACUUAAAAACUGGCAUCAUGAAAAGGAAAACCCCUGUCGUGGAGGCAUGCCUGCUCUACAUGCUGAAGCGCCGAGCUGCUGGCUUUCUGCGGAGUGACAAAGUAGCUGCACUUUUUACAAAAAUUGGCAAAGUCUAUCAAGUAGCUGGAGAUUUGUGCAAGAAAGUUCAAGAAUUACUGCAACAGGUGGAUAGCAAGAAAAACCAUUCGAAUGGACAGGAGUCGCUAAAGAGGCAGGGAUCAAUAUCCAAGAGCCCAGUUCUUACACCUCAAGCUAUCAAACACAUUUGGGUCCGUACAGCCUUGUUUGAGAAGGUCUUGGAUAAAAUUGUUCAAUACAUUGUUGAUAACUCUAGCAAAUACUAUGAAAAACAAGCUCUAAUGUCUGAUCCAGUCUGUGGACCGAUUCUAGCUUCUCUGCUCGUUGGUCCCUGUGCAUUAGAGUACACAAAACUUAAAACUGCUGACCAUUACUGGACUGAUCCAUCAGCAGAUGAACUGGUGCAAAGACAUCGUAUUCAUGGAGCCCAUGGACACCAGGAUUCCCCAUCUAAACGUCCUGCACUUGGUAUAAGAAAGCGUCACUCCAGCGGAAGUAUGUCAGAAGAUAAAUUUGCAGCUUCAGCGAGAGAAUAUGUGGAGUCAUUACAUCAAAAUUCCAGAACGCAUUUGCUGUAUGGAAAAAAUAAUGUACUUGUCCAGCCA